GAGCGAGAGGCUUUUCCCUCCCAGUCACUCUUUUUUUUUUUCAUUCUCGAGAAAAUAGCAGAGGAAAAAUGACGGAAAACGAAGGAAACGACAAGAAAAUCGAAGGAUCUAAUCCUAAGAAGAAGCUCAACGUUGUAACCUUCACCGGAGCGGCGGGGUUGCUCGGACUCGCCGUCAGUCUUCCUGGUUGUGAUACUAUUUGUGUGAACCUAUCUGCGAAGGAGAUUCUCGAUUUAGCUGAAGAAAUUAUUCACAAGUCUACACGAGUUCAUGAUACUGUUGCUUUGGUUUCUCUAGAUAAGCUCUCUUAUGAGAAUGUUGUAUUGCCGUUGGCUGAAUUGGAAGCUAGGCAACUCUCGCUUAUACAAUGUUGUGUGUUUCCUAAGAUGUUAUCGCCUCACGAUAAUGUUCGGAAAGCUAGUGCUGAAGCUGAGCAGAAAAUCGACGCUCAUAUGCUCUCCUGCAGAAAACGUGAAGAUGUUUACCGGAUUAUCAAAAUUUAUGCUGCAAAGGGAGAAUCGAUUGCUCCGGAAGCUAAAUGCUACCUACAGUGUCUGGUUAGAGACUUUGAGGACAAUGGUCUGAACCUUACUGCAAUAAAAAGAGAGGAAGUUGAGAGACUAACAAAUGAAAUUGAUGAGCUUAGCUUGCGAUACAUUCAGAAUUUAAAUGAAGAUGGUUCUUGUCUCUUUUUUACUGAGGAUGAGCUUUCUGGUUUGCCUCUAGAAUUUCUACAGAGUUUGGAAAAAACUCAAAAUAAAGAAUUUAGGCUCACCUUGGAAAGUCGUAACGUCGCAGCUAUUCUAGAGUUGUGUAAGAUAGCCAAGACAAGGAAGACGGUGGCUAUGGCAUAUGGAAAGAGAUGUGGAGAUACCAAUAUUCCGGUGUUACAAAGAUUGGUUCAUUCACGCCAUAGAUUAGCUCGCGUCCUUGGUUAUGCACAUUUCGCAGAUUAUGCUCUUGAUCGCAGAAUGUCGAAGACAUCAAUGAGGGUGAUUAGGUUCCUGGAGGACAUCUCUUCCAGUUUAACUGACUUGGCUAUUAGAGAGUUUUCCAUUUUGAAAGACUUGAAGAGGAAAGAAGAAGGGGAGAUUCCAUUUGGCGUAGAAGAUCUUUUAUAUUACAUAAAGAGGGUAGAGGAGUUGCAGUUUGAUCUUGAUUUUGGAGAUAUCCGGCAAUAUUUUCCUGUCAGUUUGGUCCUUUCCGGGAUCUUUAAAAUAUGUCAGGACCUUUUUGGAAUAAAAAUUGAGGAGGUUACAGAAGUUGAUGUCUGGUAUCAUGAUGUUCGAGCUUUUGCCAUCUUUGACUCCGGAUCUGGAAAGCUUUUGGGAUAUUUCUAUCUUGACAUGUUUACAAGGGAAGGAAAAUGUAAUCACAGCUGUGUGAUGGCUCUUCAGAAUAACGCACUGUUCUCCAAUGGUGCAUGUCAGAUUCCUGUGGCGUUGCUUAUUGCACAGUUUGCAAAGGAUGGUAGUGGUGAAGCUGUGCCAUUGGGAUUCUCUGAGGUGGUUAAUCUUUUUCAUGAGUUUGGCCAUGUGGUCCAACAUAUCUGCAAUCGUGCUUCAUUUGCUAGAUUCUCGGGCCUACGUGUUGACCCUGACUUUCGGGAGAUCCCUUCUCAGUUAUUGGAAAACUGGCAAACGGAUUAUAAUUCUGGUAUCUCUAGGUGUUACGAGAGUUUCACGCUGAAGUUAAUAUCAGGUUAUCGUCAGGAUAUCACCAAGCCACUUGUGGAUGAAGUCUGCAAAACACUCAAACGUUGGCGAUAUUCUUUCUCUGCACUAAAGUCGCUUCAGGAGAUAUUAUACUGUCUAUUUGAUCAAAUAAUCUAUUCGGACGAUGAUGCUGACUUACUGCAGCUAAUCAGGAGUCUUCAUCCAAAGGUAAUGAUAGGUCUACCAGUAGUGGAAGGAACCAACCCUGCUUCAUGUUUCCCACGUGCUGUAAUUGGCUCUGAAGCAACAUGUUACAGUCGUUUAUGGAGUGAGGUGUAUGCCGCUGAUAUAUUUGCCUCAAAAUUUGGGGAUGGGCAUCCGAAUCUGUAUGCAGGCUUGCAGUUCAGAGACAAAGUGUUGGCCCCAGGAGGAGGCAAAGAACCAAUGGAACUUCUCACAAGUUUUCUUGGAAGGGAACCAUCAACACAAGCUUUCAUCGAUAGCCGGACAAACUAUAGAAGAUUCGAAGAGGUUGGUUUAGCGAGACACUCUCUGUUUAGCUCAAGAACGGCAUGCCGAGAGACGGCGGUGCAGCAGCGGCGGAUGGUUUUUGUGGUGGAGGCUAAGGGAAAGAAAGGUAUGGCGGCGCGUCAGUAUCAACGUACACCUCCUCCUAUGCCUAAGAUUGAAGACGAUGGAAACCCAAGAUUCGUUAUCUUCAUUCGUAUGGCCAAUGUGUAUCUUUGGUAUCCUCUGAGUAUAAUAGCUGGUGGUACUACUGCUAAGAUCAUGGUUGCUGCAAAAGAUAACCUUUUGGGGAAGUAUAUCUACAAAGACACCAUUGCAAGAAACAUUGCCGCUGUUAUUUACAGAGAUGAGAAAGAGAUUCAAAAGACAGCAAUUAAGCAGCACCGUGUCUUGCGGACAGCUACAGAGUUUCGAUAUGGCUACAAACUUGUUGAAAACGGAAACAUGAGAGCUGCACUUAGUACCUCAGAUGUUAUCGAGCUCCCUACCCAGGACCAGCUUAAAACAGUGUUCGACAAAGUUAAAGACUAUUUUGGGGAUGCAAAAGAGUCAUUCGGAAAGCUAUCAUCACUGAAUCCUGGGACUGACGAAAAAACUGAAGAAACCCCCGAUGAGAAAGCCAAGUAAGUAUAAACAGGGCCUGAGGCUGAACAAUUGUCACUUGGUUGGUUGAUUUUGAUGUCUCAACCGUCUCGAUUUGUUGAAAGAAAAGAGCCGUUGGUUA